AUGACCGAUCCGAAUGACCAAAAUCUACUUAUCGCCCCGGCUAGUCUCGUCGAGAAUCAACCUGAUACACAAGAAUACAUCCUGAAUGGCGAGAUGUGGUGUUUGUUAAUUAAGCUCGUCAAACAGAGCGAGGUGUCACGUCAAGGUGCCGGCCUUUUUCGCGAACGUGACUACCGUGGACUGACGAACACGAUGAACAACAUUCGAGAUCACUUGCAUGAAACCGAGGCCAUCUGUAUGUUUGUCCGUACCAACAUACUUGAGAGUCGCCUCAGGCAAAUCAUCGCUGGUCUCCAAACCCAAGUGAAUCAUCCUUAUGGUCCGUUCUUCGGUGAUCAUCCAACAAAGCCAUUUCUCCAAAUUGGUCAACUCAAUCUCAGCCCGCCGCAGGUCACAUCCCAGGCGACUCUGUCAUUCCACGAUAUUGAUGAGUAUAUCGUCAAGACUGGUUACGGAACGGUUAUUGAAAAUGAUCUGGAGCAGCAAUCCACUGGUGUUGGAGAGGCCAUCCAGUGCGACUUGGUUACAGUACUUCCUCCUGGAGUCUCUACCGACAGCUCUCCAAAUGAACUAUUGGGCUUUCUGACUAUACCAGAAGGAUACUCCAUUCCUCAACCUGGUGAAAAAUUCUCUCUCUUGUUCUCGAAAUUCAACGCCGCAACUCCUCAGGCUUCAUGGGAUGUCCAAGAGCAAACCUCCACUCUACACGAUUCGCCUAAGCGCAAGACCACGGAAGACUGGGGAGAGGCCACUACCACGGACAACGCCCCUGAUCCAAAUGUCAACCCUGUGGAGACUGUGAAGCAUGCUGAUCUCCACGGAGAGCCUACCGUCACCGAGGAACAGUACCAGACUCAAUCUCCUCUUGAAUUCGAUAACGUGCCCCAGGAAGCUAAUGAAUGCUCAUGGGAACAUAGCUGGCGAUGUACAGUGUUGACACCCGCUCCAUUGGAACCUGACAGCACGGUGACGAUCUGUAUGCGCCGUGGUUUUAACAAGGAGACUAACCAGCCAUGUAUCUCUGAAGAUGGUCAUGAACCUCGUCCAAUUACCCUGAAGACCAACGAUCCGAAGCUCGACUUACACGAUGUCUUGUCUAAAGAGCAAACCCACGAAUGUCGGAUCAACAGAAUCAACAGCCAGAAGCCAUACAGACAGCAGAUCGCGGCUUGUUUUGGGUUGGUCAAGUAUGCAGGUUCUAUUCACCAGACCUUGCUCGCAAACAAUACCAUGAACUUGCCAGAAGUGGACGUCUACCAAUCGAUCGCUCCUGAAAACUUGGUCCAAUACGCAAAUCGGGUCAAAAAGGAUGGAUCCAUGAACAAAGAACAGCUUUCGGUCUUCGAGAAGUUCCAGAAGCUACGGGGUCGGAUCGGGGUUGUUCAAGGGCCACCUGGAACAGGCAAGACGUACACACUGGCAAGAUGUGUGUUGUCUUUCCUUCUCUAUCCCAAGAAGGAUGUGAACCCAGAUGAAACUCCUGAGGUGUUUGAUCGCACUAAGAUCCCUGAUGCAAAGCGCACUCACCCUGCUCGGCAUCAAGUUCUUCUGGUUGCUCCGACUAACGCCGCCGCCGACCACCUUGCCCAGUCACUGAAUGAUAUCAUCGAGAAGCACUCAGAUGAAUUUAGCAGUGGAAAGCCCAAAGUCGUCCGGGUUUAUCCUAUUAAUGCAGAGAAGGAUUCAUACUAUAGACCCGAUGCAGCUCUCCCUUUCAUCGAUGAAGCGACCGUGACCAAUGCAGAUGUCGAGCAAGAUCUGCAGACUGAGAUGGUCUACAAGUUGUUCAUGGAUUACUACGCCGAGAACAAGCCUAGUCGUGAAGUAACCAGAAGCUCAGCUUCGCGCAUCACUUUGCACGAGUUGAGUCUUGGCCAUCAGAUCAUUGAGUUUGCUAAGAAUGACGCGCGGUGGGACCCUUGGCUUGUGCAGCGCGAUCAAUUGGCGAAGGGAGACCUCGAUAGUCAGCAGAAGCCAGACUAUUUAGCCUAUGGCAAAUACAUGCUGCAGCAAGUGCUUGUGGACUCAGACAUCGUUGUCUGUACCUAA